AUGGAAAACCGUAUACCACAACUGAAAUGGAUACAAAAGAUUUCUUCGACCUAUCUACUUUAUGUAAUGAACUUGGAACAAAUUUUUAAUGUUAAUGAGCAAGGAGAAAAAUUUUUGAUGGGUGACAUUGUAGAAGUGAAUGUUAAAAAAGAAAAACCAUUUAUUGUACAUUAUAAGACAGAUUUUUCCCAACCUGAUUUUAAAGCAAUUGAUAUACGCAGUUACAGUAAACGGAAUAAAUCUUACCCUGAAAAAAGUACCAUAAUUAUGAAACAAGCUUAUACAGAACCACCAAAAAUAUCAAUUGCAAAAAAACAAGAUUUACUUUCUUUAUGUCAUUCCAACUUAAUUCCAGAGCAGUAUCAUGAGUUUUAUGACAAAUUAUCUACUGAAAAUAAAGAAAGUACCAGACCAAAAUCAAGUAGUCAAAUCAAAUCAAACAUCAAGAAAGUUGCUCCAGCAAAAAAAAAUACUACAAAAAAAACUAUAAAAAAAAAUUAUUUUAAGGUUUUUUAA